UGACAUUUUAUGACAUUGUUGUAUUGUAAAUAUUUCGCAGUUGACUUUGAACAAUAAUACCUGUUUUUCUUAAUUACUUACUAUGAUAUCUAUUAAGGCACUAGCAUUGAGACGUUUUUUGCGAGAUGAGACUACUCUGAUAAUGCAAUUAUGUCAGCAUUCCCAUGACUCCAAGGUUGAUACAGAAGAUGCGUCAGCAAAAGCCGAAUCUAAACGUAUGGCAGAAUUUCGUAAAAAGUUAAGAGAAACUACUCCUAUCAACGAUCUCGGUGAACAGCCAUUUACUAAUCCAGCUAAUCAAGAGAAUGCUUUGCCACCGUGGCCCAAUGACACCAACCCUCAUACUGGAGAAAUUGGUGGCCCUCGGGGGCCCGAACCAACUCGAUAUGGAGACUGGGAGAGAAAAGGCAGAGUGUCUGACUUUUGAAAACAUUUGUUGUUACUAAAUUUAGCAAUUUUAUUUAUUAAAAAUAAUUAACUUAAAUUAAAAGAGUU